CCCACACGCGGUGUUCACGUCCACCGACGAAGGCCGUGUGCACAUCCGCGGUCUACUGGGUGACAUCCUGCGGGAGCUGUCCCAAGGGAUGCGCUUUAAUUACUCGGUCGCCUUCACACCCGAGCGCACGCUUGGCAUCCGUUACCCCAACGGUUCCUGGACCGGGCUCAUCGGCUCACUGCAGAGAGACGAGGGCGAUUUCGCGCUUGGCCUGAUGAUUCCCACGAACGCGCGCAACAGUAUUGCCAACCCGACUACAGAGGUUUACAUCGACGAGAUCUCGAUCCUGGCGGGAAGAACCCGCACGGAGAGCACCAACGUAUUCUCCUACGUCCUCACAUUUGACUGGCAGGUGUGGGUUUGCGUAGUGUUCGCCAUGAUGACCUUGUCGCUGUUCUCCACGGGCCUGGACCGCUUCUACGAGCAACAGUGGGCUACAUACAAAAACGUCACGCUGGGAAGAAAGCGCUUUCGCUGCGGCUUUUACGUCGAACACUUCCUGGGUCAUGCCUGGGAGUACUUCGAAAACCUGCUGGGAAAAGGCAAGUCAUUCGUCAGUCACGCUUCUCGCGUGGUGACCGCCUUCUGGUGGCUGGCCGUCACUGUGCUGGUGUUCGCGUUCGCCGGCCAGAUGCGCGCCUGUCUCAUGGUCAAGUCCCAGGAGGCCGUGAUCCGCAACAUACGGGACCUGGCGCAACGCUCUUCCGUCCGGCCUUACACGCUGGCCGGAAGCAUUCUCACCGCCAUGCUCAGGGACUCCCGCAACCCGGCGUACCAGAAGGUGUUCGAGCGCAUCAUGCGCUACGGUGGGCAGACAGAGCUGCACCGCAUCUACGGGCAGCCGAUACUCGAGCAAGUGGUGCGUGGAAAGGCGGUCGUCAUUGCCGACCGAGGGUCCUUCACAUACAAGGUCUCCAGCACGUGCCGCAACUACACGGACGGCGAGUUCUACAUCGCCGAGGAGCCCAUCCUCAAGUUCCGCUUCGUCAUGUACCUCAGCAAGAAGAUGGACAUGCGCAUGCAGAGGGGCAUCAAUCAGAGGUGA